AUGACCGAAAAAUCCAAUGGUGUGAAGAGCUCCCCAGCUAAUAAUCAUAACCGUCACCCUCCUCCUACCAUCAAGGCCAAUGGCAAAGAUGACCACAGGACAGGUAGCAGACCACAGUCUGAGGCGGCUGAUGAUGACACUUCCUCAGAACUGCAAAGGCUGGCAGAGAUGGAUACCCCACGGAGGGGGAGGGGUGGCUUCCGAAGGAUUGUCCGCCUGGUGGGGGUCAUCAGAGACUGGGCCAACAAGAAUUUCCGUGAGGAAGAACCAAGGCCUGAUUCCUUCCUAGAGCGUUUCCGUGGGCCUGAGCUUCAGACUGUGACAACACAUCAGGGGGAUGGCAAAGGCGACAAGGACGGUGAAGGAAAGGGCACCAAGAGGAAGUUUGAACUGUUUGUCUUGGACCCAGCUGGAGACUGGUAUUACCACUGGUUGUUUGUCAUUGCCAUGCCUGUUCUUUACAACUGGUGCCUGUUGGUGGCCAGAGCCUGCUUCAGUGAUCUACAGAGAAACUAUUUUGUGGUAUGGCUGGUGCUGGACUACUUCUCAGAUACUGUCUACAUUGCAGACCUCUUCAUUCGACUGCGCACAGGCUUCCUAGAACAGGGACUCCUGGUCAAAGACCCCAAGAAAUUGCGAGACAACUAUAUCUACACCUUGCAGUUCAAACUGGAUGUGGCUUCCAUCAUCCCCACUGACCUCAUCUAUUUUGCUGUGGGUAUCCACAGCCCUGAGGUGCGCUUCAACCGUCUGUUACAUUUUGCCCGUAUGUUUGAGUUCUUUGACCGCACCGAGACACGCACCAGCUACCCCAACAUCUUCCGAAUCAGCAAUCUGGUCCUCUACAUUUUGGUCAUCAUCCAUUGGAAUGCUUGCAUUUAUUAUGCCAUCUCUAAAUCCAUCGGCUUUGGGGUUGACACCUGGGUUUAUCCCAAUAUUACUGACCCUGAGUAUGGUUACCUGGCUAGGGAGUACAUUUACUGCCUUUACUGGUCCACAUUGACCCUCACCACCAUUGGAGAGACACCACCCCCUGUAAAGGAUGAGGAGUACCUCUUUGUCAUCUUUGACUUUCUGAUUGGUGUCCUCAUCUUUGCCACUAUUGUGGGAAAUGUGGGCUCCAUGAUCUCCAACAUGAAUGCCACACGAGCAGAGUUUCAGGCCAAGAUUGAUGCUGUCAAACACUACAUGCAGUUCCGAAAGGUCAGCAAAGAGAUGGAAGCCAAGGUCAUUAAAUGGUUUGACUACUUGUGGACCAACAAGAAGACAGUAGAUGAACGAGAAGUCCUCAAGAACCUGCCAGCAAAGCUUAGGGCUGAGAUAGCCAUUAAUGUCCACUUGUCCACCCUGAAGAAAGUACGCAUAUUUCAGGAUUGUGAGGCUGGCCUGCUGGUGGAGCUGGUACUGAAGCUUCGUCCUCAGGUCUUUAGCCCUGGGGAUUAUAUUUGCCGAAAGGGGGACAUUGGCAAGGAAAUGUACAUCAUCAAGGAGGGCAAGUUGGCAGUAGUAGCCGAUGAUGGUGUGACUCAGUAUGCCUUGCUCUCAGCUGGGAGCUGCUUUGGAGAGAUUAGCAUCCUUAACAUUAAGGGCAGCAAAAUGGGCAAUCGGCGUACUGCCAAUAUUCGUAGCCUGGGCUACUCAGAUCUCUUCUGCUUAUCUAAGGAUGAUCUUAUGGAAGCUGUGACUGAGUACCCUGAUGCCAAGAAAGUCCUAGAGGAGCGGGGUCGGGAGAUCCUUAUGAAGGAAGGUCUGUUGGAUGAGAACGAGGUGGCAGCCAGCAUGGAGGUAGAUGUUCAGGAGAAGCUGGAACAGCUGGAGACAAACAUGGAGACAUUGUACACUCGCUUUGCCCGCCUGCUGGCUGAGUACACUGGGGCCCAGCAGAAGCUCAAGCAACGCAUCACAGUGCUGGAGACCAAGAUGAAACAGAACCAUGAGGAUGAUUACCUAUCAGAUGGGAUAAAUACCCCUGAGCCAGCUGCUGAUGAAUAGUCAUAGGUGCCUAUCUAGCCUUGCUUUGACCCUAGGUAUUAGAAGUACUGUAUAGAACUCCACAUUUACAUGCAUUUCAUAUCCCUCCGAACUCUUCCCAAAGCCUUGUGAAGGCUUAAGGUUUUGACUACAAUGUCUUGGGGUCCCCCUCCAAGUCCAGCUAACAGCCAUGCUUGUGGACAGUGUAGGUUAUGUGGGUUGAAUUUCCAAGAGUGUACUGCCCAAGUCUGAAAAGGAACCAGGGAACAACUGAAUUGUCCUUCAGGGGUGUUUCCUGGGACCAGAAGUCUGGAAAGUGUUCUUCUCUGAAGAACAGUGUGCACCUUAAUGCCUGACUCCUGCUUUUGGCUUCUUUAAAUCUAGUCUCUCCCUACUGCAUACUUCCCCAUACAUGUGCUCUGAACAGCCCAUUUUCAUGCAUGUGUAUGUAUUUAAGAAGUGGCUGCAGAAAUGGGCCCCUGUACAUUGUUACCCAAGGCAUGCAAGGGCUGUGAGGGGAGUGGUAGGGUGGGUUUAAGUGUGCUUGCUCAGGGUCAUACCUCCUUGUCAGACAAUGUCACUGUAAGAAAGAGGUGGCUGGCAGCUUCAGGCACCACCCCUUUAUGCACACAAGUUCUGAAGAGUUUGUGAAGGCUAUAGUACUCGGUGAGAUAUUAUGAAUUGGAGGUGCUUAGAAGUUAAUAAAUUUCUUUCAGCUA